AUGAGCAACCCAGUACCAGUCUACCCACAGCCAUGCAUGGCCGCCGACGAGGACAACAACGCCCUCUACCUCCUCGGCGUCUCCACCACAGGUGUCGGAACAAUUGAAGCCUCUUACAUCAGUCUUGCCAACAUCAACUCGCCCUCUAUUAAACCCCUCGGUUCCCAGACAGACAUUAAUUCCUGGGCCGCAUACGCACCCAAGGCCUGCUUCAUUUACCCCGCCGAUGUGCACCCAAACAGUCCGGUUAUGCUAGUCCAGUAUGGAGAGUAUAAGUCUUUCAUGUCGAUGAUGACUGCCAAUGGAGAGUUUACGCAGGCCAGCGUGUUUCUUGGAACUGCUUUUUUGAGUCCGAGACAGUUUUCGAUGGUGGGGGAGAGUGGCGAUUAUGCGUGGUUUGUUGCUCAGACGAACGAUACUAAUUCGGUGACAAAUUCAAAAUGGCUUGGUGUGAGACUCAACUUCACUGCUGGAAUCGGCAGUUACAUCGAGUAA